AUGUCACAGGCGCUUACAAUAGAGCCGAAGCAGCAGAUGCCCCCAUCGGCAUACAUCCACGGAGACCACCCUGAUCCGGUGGAGGUCUUUGCUGCCGUGGCGGCUCUAUUGUUCUUGUCCUCGAUCAAUAUGUUUCCUGUCUUCGACUUCGACCCAGCUCUCAACUUCGAGAUGCAUCCCGCCCUUCUCAUUCCAGAGCUCAUCACUAUCAUCGCGCACAUGUCGCAGCGGGGCGACGCCUGCAGAAUGGCCCGCACUUGCCGUGCGUGGCAUCCGGUGGCUCUCGACCGUGUCUGGCAACAGAACGACUUUGUGGACAGUAUCAAUGUCCUACUGAACACGCUGCCAACGGACGUCUACCAACCGUACAAGUCUUGGCAUAGAGGGAAGCCGUACGGAGAUUCACGACCGAGAUGGCUGCGAGCUCCGACGCCGGCUGAAUACGAACAUCUUUACCAGUUCUCUUCGCGUAUCCGGAGCUUGACGGAGCCCGGCUUUAUCGAGCUUCUGCAGAUUACCAUGGAGCAUCCGCCGCCGCGCGCGCUCUUCCCUCGACUUGCCACAUUUACUCUCAAUGGUGGCGACAGCACCAUUCCGCCGCAUAUACUGCUCUUGCCGUUCUCGUCGCCGGUUCUUUCGGAGCUUGACCUCCAUCUGACGGAGCACAACAAGAAGAUGGUGAUUGACCUCGAUGCCAUAUACCGGGCUUGUGCGCCUUCGCUCAGUAUACAUGUUGAUGUGGCGGUGUUGUCUGUUAUACCGCGCUUUACCGAAGGACGUCGCGACCUCGUUCACAAGCUCACUAUCAAAAAUGUGGACGCUCAAGGGUGGUUCUUCAUGGCUGCUUUACCGAAUCUGCAAAAGCUGCACAUCGAGGGGCCUACCUCUGAGCCGACGUUCGCCCGCAUUUACACUGUCGAGAAGCCCUUUCGCGCCUUGCAAGCGUUGCAUGUGUCCUCCAUGAUGGAUAGCAGGCCCUUCGUCGCGGACCUCCUUCAGUGCUGUGGUCGCCUCUCGCUGGAAACGCUUUCGCUCGAGGUCACUCAGGACGACGCCUUUCGCAGGAGGAAUCCGACAACCAACUGGGACGACCUCUUUCGCGCCCUCGAAGGCCACUGCGCACACGACAGCUUGCGCACCCUAAAACUCGAGGAUAAGGGCGAGAUGAGCGGCAUCGACGGCGACACGCUCAAGCUGCUGGCGCCCUUCUCUGAACUCCGGACGCUUUGGAUCGAGAACAAGAACGGCGUGGUCGUGCACGAGCGCUUUAUUGGGCGUCUGAUGAGCAGCUGGCCGAGGCUGGUGUCCUUGAGGCUGGCGCCGUCGGUGUGUACGGCUGCAGCAGAGGACAGGGCCUUCGGCGACGAAUUCGGCGGCGUGGUCGACCACUAUAACUCCGCGCGCUGGAUCAGCACCUGCACGAUCCCUGGCCUCCUCGAGUUUGCGCGGCUAGGAACCUCUCUCAAGUCGUUAGCGCUCUCGGUCGACUUCGAACAGGACUUGCCUCGGUAUGUCAACUGGACGCGCAACACGAAGAUAAUAGAACUGGACCUGUGGAACUCGGACAUGACGUUCCCGUGCAAUGUCGCGGAUGUUAUCCUGCGGGUGUUUCCCGAGGCGGCGGCGGAGGUGGGGGUGUCGGUCGUGGAUGGUCAGUGGUGGGAUCCUUUUCCGCAGGAGAGCCGGGAUGGAGCGUUGGCCCUGAAGUGGGAGCAAGUGCGCAUGAUUAUCAGGAUGGUGCAUCGCGGAGAACGUCGAGGGGAACAUCGCGCAAAGCAAGGCCUCUCGAAGGUGAACGCAGGUACUGAUGAAGUGCACUAA